AUGCCGCAGAACGAUCACAUUGAUUUACAUCGCAAGCGAUAUGGACGUCGUAUGGACUAUGAAGAGAGACGUCGUAAGAAGGAGGCCCGUUCCGGCCAUGAACGUUCUAAGAUGGCAAAGAAGCUGAGAGGUCAUAAGGCUAAGUUAUAUCAUAAGAAGAGAUAUUCAGAGAAGGUUGAAAUGCGCAAGUUGCUUAAACAACAUGAAGAGAAAGAACAGAAGAGCACAGUUGACACUCUGGACAAGGGUGCAGUUCCAGCUUAUCUCCUCGAUCGUCAGCAACAAACUACAGGAACUGUCUUGUCUAAUAUGAUCAAACAGAAGAGAAAGGAAAAAGCUGGAAAAUAUCAAGUUCCUAUUCCACAAGUGAGAGCUGUGAGUGACGCUGAAGCCUUCAAAGUUGUCAAGACAGGAAAGACCAGAAGAAAGGGUUGGAAGCGUAUGGUUACAAAGGUUACUUAUGUUGGAGAAUCCUUCACACGUAAGCCAGCCAAAUUCGAGAGAUUUAUCAGACCUAUGGGCUUACGUUUUAAUAAGGCUCACGUAACCCAUCCAGAGUUGCAAACAACUUUCCAUUUACCAAUCUGUGGAGUGAAGAAAAAUCCAUCCAGUCAAAUGUAUACAUCCUUAGGUGUCAUUACUAAAGGUACAAUUAUUGAAGUUAAUGUGUCAGAAUUAGGUAUGGUAACUCAGGGAGGAAAGGUCGUUUGGGGAAAGUAUGCUCAAGUUACAAAUAACCCCGAGAACGAUGGUUGUAUAAACGCUGUACUUCUUAUCUAA